UAUAUGUAAUCAACUAAAACUUUUGAUGGACGAAAUACCAUAAGAACAUAUACAGGAAACAAAGUACUUAGGAAAUUAAAAGAAAAUCGAAAUAAUACAGCUAAAUUUGUUAAAAAAAGUUCUCCACCUAAAGAUCUACUUUUUACAUCUUAAAAUAAAUUUAGAGUUGGACCCCCUCCAUAACCAUUACGUAAGAACAAUAAUAUCUUAAGUUAGGGCAUAAUAAUUUUCUGCUUUCGGACCCAGCAGAUCCACUAAAUCCAUUUUAGCAAGAAAUAACUUUUUAAAUGGCUAACCAUCAAUCACAAAUAUCAAACCUUUUUUAGAUUUUACUUAAUUUAUGAAAGGAUUAUCAUCUAAUAACGUAAAACCUCGGUCACCUGAACCUUAAAAAAUGGUGGCAAAUAAAUCAAAAUUUUGUAGAUGUAAAGACAUUAAAGAUAUAAUGAAGAAGGUAGAGUAUGUAUUCAAUAAUUUUAUAGGAUGAAAAUGAUAAUAUUAGUAUUAAUAAUGAUAUGAGCCCAAAAUUAUAAUAAUUGCUAUAUAAUACUUCUCUCAGUAAACCAUCCUCUCCUACAAUGAAAGGAUACUUAAAUUCUAAAAAAGAUAUUUAUAAACAAUGUAUUAUAUAUAUUUAUUUAGAAAAAAACGAUGUUAAAAAGGAAAUCUAUUCUUAAGCAUUAUAAAAAAUGCUUAAAGAAGGAGAUGAAGAGGAACUUAUGGAUUUCGAUCAUCGAUACUUAAGAAGUGUUAGAUAGAGGAAACUUAGAAAUAUUGUACAUUUUCUUUUAGGACGAUCAAAAGAAUUGUAAGUUUCACUUCAAGAUUUGAUAGAUAAUAAAAUGACACAAUAUAAACCAUUUUAAUAAUAGGGAUCCUAUUCAUUUCUAUAUUAUGUAAAGAAAGGAUUACUUGAUAAAGUUGAGACUUUACUUUAUUAAAAUAGUCUUUAUGCUUUUGACUUUGAUGAAAAGUAGAUGACUGGUCUUCACAUUGCUACUUAAAAAAAUAAUUUAGAAAUGAUUAAGUUGUUAAUCACUUACAAUUCAAAUCCACUCUCAAAAGAUUUAUAAGGAUUUACUCCAUUACAUUAUGCAAUUAAACAUCGCAAUAUAUCAAGUAUAUAAGUAUGUAUUAAAUUUUUAUAUAUAAGCUUUUUUUAUCCAUAAAAGUUCCAACAGAUGUUCAAUAUCCUGAUUAUUGUAAAUUAACAGAUGAUAUUUAAAUUUUAAAAAUAAUUCGCUCAGCUAAGAUUGAUGAUCUCAUUAAAAGAAUAUCGAAAGAUAAAUCAUUAUAAAUAUACCUUAAAUCAAUAAUAUGA